GGUACGGACUCUUCUUCACCAUUUUGGUACAAAAUUGUAAAAAUGUCUAAUUUCUUAUCGAAUUCUUUAGUUGGAUUCGAUUUCUUCUCUGUUUCCAGUAUCUAUUGUCACUAUCGAGUUCUUGUGCUCUGUGUUUAUGCAUUCGGAAUAUGAAUUGUUAUGUGGUUAUCUUCUCUUUCCAUGUUUGUUUACAGUAUACUAAUCCCUAGAAGCUAAAAUUUUCUUACAUAUUUCGGAAAUCGCAGCAAUAAGCAAACAUGGCACCGAAGAAGAAGACAUCAAACAUGGUUUGGGUUAAGAAAUCGCAGCAAUCAUCGAAAAUGCCAGAACCUGCGACGGAGAAGAAGAUAUCAUCAAUGAUGCCAGACUCGUCUCUUCUCCCAGAAUAUGUUUCAAAACUGCAGCUUUCUUCCUCUCCAUCAGCAAAAACGGCACAACCUGCAACGAAAGAGCACACAUUGUCUAUCCCCGAUUGGUCUCUUCUCCCUGAAGAGCUACUCCACAUUAUCUCCGAGAAGCUAGAGGACAGUUUCGAUGUUAUUCAUGCUCGGUCUGUUUGCCGCCCAUGGCGAUCCAGCUUUCCUUUUCCUUCCUGCCUAUUACGCACAAGUUAUUCUUUUCCCUCGUUUGCCCAGUUCCCUCGCAAAAGAAAAGGCUUGUGCACACUCGAGAAGUUCCCUAUGUUCCUCUUUAGAGUCCGAUCUCCUGCUGAUGCGUUGCCUUCUGAGUUUUUUGUUGGAGGAAUAAGUCCAGAUAAGUCAGAUGAUGAUGAUGAUGGUAUAGAGCUUCCUUCUCCAAUUCAAUGCUCAGUGAAAGUGAAGAUAGGAGAAUCUGAUCCGACUUUAAUGAACAUUCUCGACUGUCAGAUUCUCCCUCUAGGCUAUCAAUACAGAAUGAUCGGUUGGGAUCCUGAUUCAUUAGCAACAAGUUACAGAGGCGUGGCUUUUCUUCCACUAAACAAGGAGGGAGGAGAAGGAGAAUUCGUGGUGCUUAUUGGCUAUUCGCAUGACUUGUAUUAUUUAAGGAGUAGUGAAAUGAGGUGGAGGCGGCUUGAGAAAACCUCAAGAGCUGAUUGCAACGAUAUAGUCACGUUUAGAGGUAAGUUCUACGUAGUCUUUCUUAACGGGGACGUGUUCGUUAUCGAUCCUUAUUCGCUUGAAGCAACUCCCUUGAGGCCCUCUGAGCGUCUGAGCUCGCAAAACUAUCUUGUUCCAUCUGGUGACGAAGAGCUUUUCCUAGUUGAGAGAAUCAUCCUUCGUGGUACUGGAGUGUUAGAAUUUAGCAAGUUAACAUGUAGAGUGAGUAAGCUAGAUGUGGAAGCUGGUGAAUGGGUCGUGGUCACUGAUUUGGGAGACCGUGUGUUGCUGAUAGGACAACCGGGAAAUUGCUCAGGGAAUAGCUCUUGCUCUGCUAAGGAGCUUCCUGAUGGUUGUGGUGUGAGUGGGAACUCGAUGUUAUUCAUCAAUGAAAUAUUCAAUUCGACUUACUCUUAUAAGUAUGGAGUAGAUACAGGAAAUGCUGAAGAUGACCUUAGCUUUUGGAGGUCGUCAAAAGAGACUUGUGUGACGAUCCUCUGUACAUCUCCAAUGGUGGCUCUCCGGAUAGACCAUGAGAAGCCGUAAAAUCUUAGUUUUGGAUACAUGUUGUUGGCUUUGUUUUUAUUAGAACAAAGAAAAAUUAUUUCCUUAUGAUUUCAAGUAAUGAUUUUGUGAUCUCUGAUCUUAUGGUGAUACUUAGUAGUUGUAAACUA